GGCAUCUUCUGCGCGUAUCCCCUCCACACGGCCAUAUGCAGCGGCGAUGAACCCACCGUCCGGCUCCUCCUAAGUCGAGGAGCAGUCAUGUCGACCAGGACACUGUCGGCGCUUUUCUGCGGCAUCCGCAACGGCUGCCUCCCCGUUGUCGAUGCCUUUAUCCAGCAGCCAGACUUUGACCCGAACGCGGAAAUACAAGGAAUGACACCGCUUCACCAUGCCGCUCUCUGUAGAGAAGGCCACGUCGCUCAAGAGGUGGUCCACCGGCUGGUUGAUCGAGGUGUACCCGUCGACGCGGUAUCAAACGACAUUCCUCCUCUCGCCGUCGCCGUCUCUCGUCGACACUUCAACGUCGUGCUCGCACUCAUCGAUCGUGGCGCCGAUACCUCUCCGCUUUUUGCCUUCGACAUUGACGCCAGCGCGCUACAUUGGUUCCUCAAAUACGACUACUUGGGUCCUCGGGUCCCAACCCUCAGCCCAUACACAAGAGAAGAGCGCAGGCAAAAGAUACGGGAGAGCGAACAGGCCCGCGCAGGGGUGGUGUCGAGAUUGAUCGCCCUUGGUGCGGAUCUGGAGGUCAAGGGCGAUCCCCAGAGGUUCCACGGCACGCCCUUGUACUAUGCUGCGGCAUAUGCAAUAGAUCCCGUGUGUGUCAAGAUCCUGCUCGAAGCUGGGGCUCGAGUCGACGCGACAGUGGAUUACGAAGUGCACCGUGGAUGCCCAGAUGAAGAAAGACAAACCCACACGAUACUCUACGGUAUCCUCCGCGUCAUGUUUGCACCAUCCAUCAUGCCGAGAAGGGGGAGAGAUUUCCAACGAUCCACGGACGCCAUACGUCUAUUGCUUCAACACGGCGCACGCUUGGAUCCCGUUGGUAUAGAGGAGUCAGCUCUGGAGCUCGCAUGCCGAACUCGGGAAUUUCACGACACUGGGGUAUUGGAGCGUAUGGUCAACAACUCGUCCGCCAGAAAUACUUCUUUGGACCACAUAGAAGAGGUUUUGCAGGCGUGCGGGACUGGUGAUCGAUACGUCGUCACUCUCCUCCGGCAGAUGCACGAGAGGGUGCGCAAGACGACGGUCGCUGAGUAAUUAGGGAAUGUGUGCAGUAGGGCAAAUGCCUAGCCAGCCGCACAUUAGACAAGAUCGGCAAAACAGGACGUAGGAGAUAACAAAGGUGAAGGGAAUGGAUUGAAUGCAAACCCAUGCAGGUAAUACUAAUUUAACGGGAGUCACAGUGGAGUUUUGGCUGUCAUGCAAACAUGGUCCCUCGGCCUCUUUCGCG